AUGGCCACCAUCAUGAAGAAAGAGGCAGUAGAAGAUGUUAAUGCUGCAUUUGAAGACGAACAGAAAAUUAAUAUGUUUGCAAGAAAUAAUAAUAGGCUUAUAGAAUUUAAAGAAGAAAUAGAACUGAGAAAGGAAUGGUUAAAGAACCCAGAAGAUGCCUCUGACAAUAGAAUGAUGCUUGAUGAAGAUAUAGUGCCAGUUCUUUACCAAAUUGGAAAGGCUUUUAUUAGCCACUCCCAGGAUGUGAUACCAGAGAUGCUAGAAGCUGUAAAGCAAGCUUUGCAGACCCACAUGGAGUUAAUUCAACAAGUGCUAUCUGAUCUUAAAGUUCAGCUCUAUGCAAAAUUCGGAAAUAACAUUAACCUUGAAGCUGAUGACAACUGA